AUGGAUGAAAUGCCCGAUUUAUCUCAUCUAACUCCACACGAACGUAUGCAAAUCGAAAAUGUGCUCAUGCGACAGAAGCAAGAGGAAGAGAAGCAGAAUGAGAUUAUGCGGCGAAAGCAAGAUGAAGUUGUCACAUUGGAAAUGCAAAUACGUCAGCGUUCCGAACAGCAGAAGAAAGCCGGCGUUGAGCUUGAUGCGACCUGCCACAUAUGCCUUAAGACUAAAUUCGCCGAUGGAGUUGGGCACAUUUGUCAUUAUUGCAAUAUUCGGUGCUGUGCGCGGUGUGGCGGAAAAGUGACGCUUCGCAGCAAUAAAGUGAUAUGGGUUUGCAUACUUUGUCGUAAAAAACAGGAGUUAUUAUCCAAAACUGGGCAAUGGAUUAACAAAGCAGCUGUGCAACAAGAUGGUUUCAUAAGACGCAUCGAACCGGAUGGCAGUAGUGAUAUCUCCCAACAAGCAAUUGUAGAUCCACACGAUACUACAGAUAAGCGACCAAAACUAGAACGCACACGUAGUGCAGCCGAAAAAGAAAAUUUGCCAAUGCAAAGAACUGGAAGCGUGUUACGCCGUCAAUACUCACAACAGGAGCAAACAACGAAUAGACGUAUGUCUGGCACGGACAGUGGGGUGGAUAUGAUAAGUCCUAACCAACGGCAGCGUAUGCAGCCUAUGAACCCACAGCAAAUGCAGCAGCAACAUCAAUACAGUGGACAUGGUAUGCAACAACAACAUACACAGCAUCAACAACAACAACGUAUGGGUGGUAAUUACGCUGAAGAAGAUCCAAGAUUAUAUCAGGUGCGGGGGGGUGAAAUCGAUGGUUUGAUGCGUCAACAUCCACAUUUAGCACAUCCAAGUCAAGUGCAACAUCAACGACAGCAACAACAACAGCAACCAAUGCAACAUCAACAGCAACAUCAACAAUCGCAACAUCCCAUACAAGCACAGCGAAUGCAUACCACAAAUCAACAACAUCCGCAACAGCAUCAUCAACAAAUGCAACAAUCGCAGCAACAUUUGCAACAAACUACUUCGCAGCAACAGCAGCAACAUAUGAAUACGGCACAUCAUCAACAAAGGCUUUCACAUCAACAUUCCUACAAUCCCAGCCAAAAUGCAGCACUUCACGGAGCACAACUGCCAACGCCACCUGGUGGCUCAGCGGCAAUGCUUAAGCAUACAUACUCGCUGUUUGUGGAUUUGCGCAAACAAACAGCAGUGGCAGCAGCAACAGCAGCAGACGCAGAAGAAGAAGAAAAACAGGAUACCAAAUCUCAAAAUGAAAAUCAAUAA